AUGGCGUAUUUUAUAUCGUGUGUUGGUGAGGAGAACUGGGUGGACAGCAGGACGGUGUACAUCGGCCACAAGGAGCCUCCUCCAGGAACCGAAGCUUUUAUUCAGCAACGAUUUCCUGACAACAGAAUCGUCUCCUCCAAGUACACGUUUUGGAACUUCAUCCCAAAGAACAUGUUCGAGCAGUUCAGAAGAGUGGCCAACUUCUACUUCCUCGUCAUAUUUUUGGUUCAGCUGAUCAUCGACACCCCCACGAGUCCCAUCACCAGUGGACUACCGCUCUUCUUCGUCAUCACCGUCACCGCCAUCAAACAGGGCUACGAAGACUGGCUGAGACAUAAAGCGGACAACGCCGUCAACCGGUGUCCCGUCCACGUGGUGCAUCACGGGGAAGUGGCCCGCAAGCAGAGCCGCAAGCUCAGGGUUGGUGACGUGGUCAUAGUGAAAGAAGACGAGACUUUUCCGUGUGAUCUCAUUCUUCUGUCCACGUCUCGAGACGACGGGACGUGCUUCGUUACCACAGCCAGCCUGGAUGGUGAGAGUAGCCACAAGACUUACUACGCAGUUCAGGACACCAAAGCUUACAGAACGGAGGAGGAGGUGGGCUCAAUCCACGCCACCAUAGAGUGUGAACAACCUCAACCGGAUCUGUACAAAUUCGUGGGCCGUAUUAAUAUCUAUAUGAACAACGAGCCAGUUGCCAGGCCGUUGGGAUCAGAGAACCUGCUGCUCCGAGGAGCAACACUCAAGAACACCGAAUAUAUUUACGCUGUUGCCAUCUACACCGGUAUGGAAACCAAGAUGGCUCUCAACUAUCAGUCCAAGUCUCAGAAACGAUCGGCAGUGGAAAAGUCAAUGAAUGCCUACCUGGUGGUCUACCUGUGCAUCCUCAUCAGCAAGGCCAUCGUCAACACGGCGCUGAAGUACGUGUGGCAGGCCGACCCGAACCGAGACGAGCCCUUGUACAACGAGAGGACUGAUGCUGAGAGGCAGAGGCACAUCCUGAUCAGGGCGUUCACGGACUUCCUGGCGUUCAUGGUCCUCUUCAACUACAUCAUCCCCGUGUCCAUGUACGUCACCGUGGAGAUGCAGAAGUUCCUGGGCUCCUACUUCCUCAUGUGGGAUGACGAGAUGUUCGACGAGGAGCUGGGGGAGCGAGCCGUCGUCAACACGUCGGACCUGAACGAGGAGCUGGGGCAGGUGGAGUACGUGUUUACAGACAAGACGGGGACCCUGACGGAGAACAAUAUGGAGUUUAUAGAGUGCUGCGUGGACGGACAUGUUUAUGUGCCUCAUGCCAUCUGCAACGGACAGGUGAUGCGUGGUUCUGACAGCAUCGACAUGAUCGACACGUCUCCGGGGCCUGAUGCCAGGGAGCGCGAGGAGCUGUUCUUCCGGGCGGUGUGUUUGUGCCACACGGUGCAGGUGAAAGAGGAGGAGACGGUGGACGGGAUCAAACACGGCAUCCACCAGGGCAAGUCCUCCUCCUUCUACAUCUCCUCCUCUCCGGACGAGGUGGCCCUGGUGGAGGGAAUGAAGAGACUUGGUUUCACCUACCUGAGACAGAAAGAUUGUCACAUGGAAAUCUUAAACCGGGACGAUGAGUUAGAAAGAUUUGAAGUGCUAGAAGUCCUGACUUUUGACUCCGUGAGACGAAGGAUGAGCGUCAUCGUCCGGUCCAGCACAGGUGAGCUGUACCUGUUCUGCAAGGGUGCAGAUUCCUCCAUCUUCCCCAGAGUUAUCUCAGGCAAGGUGGAUCAGGUGAAAGCGCGGGUGGAGCACAACGCAGUGGAAGGCCUGAGGACGCUUUGCGUCGCCUAUCGGCGUCUGAGCCCCGAUCAGUAUCAGCAGGUCUGCCAUCUGUUGAGCGGGGCCAAGCUGGCGCUGCAGGACCGAGACAAACAGCUGGCCGAGGCGUACGAUCGCAUCGAGACGGACUUGAUCCUGUUGGGAGCCACUGCUGUGGAGGACAGGCUGCAGGAGAAAGCAGCGGACACCAUCGAGUCCCUCCACAAAGCUGGCAUGAAGGUGUGGGUGCUGACCGGAGACAAGAUGGAGACCGCAGCCGCCACCUGCUACGCCAGCAAGCUGUUUCACCGCCGCACCCAGAUCCUGGAGCUGACCACCAAGCGUACGGAGGAGCAGAGUCUUCACGAUGUCCUGUUUGACCUGAGCAGGACCGUCCUCCGGCAUUAUGGAGGCAUGACGCGAGACGCCUCGUCCAGUUUGUCCGACGACUGCACGGACUUCGGGCUGAUUAUCGACGGGGCCACCCUCUCCGCCGUCAUGAGACCGGGCCAGGAGGGCUCCAACUCGGGGAACUACAAAGAGCUCUUUCUAGAUAUCUGCCGCAACUGCAGCGCGGUGCUCUGCUGCCGAAUGGCGCCGCUCCAGAAAGCACAGAUUGUCAAGAUGAUCAAAGCAUCCAAAGAGCAUCCGAUCACUCUUGCUGUUGGAGACGGCGCUAACGACGUCAGCAUGAUCCUGGAGGCCCAUGUUGGCAUUGGUAUCAUGGGUAAGGAGGGUCGUCAGGCGGUUCGAAACAGCGACUACGCCAUCCCGAAGUUCAAACACCUCAAGAAGAUGCUGCUCGUCCACGGACAUUAUUACUACAUACGAGUGUCUGAGCUCGUGCAAUACUUCUUUUACAAGAAUGUUGUUUUCAUCUUCCCCCAGUUCCUCUACCAGUUCUUCUGUGGAUUCUCCCAACAGCCUCUGUACGAUACGGCUUACUUGACUCUCUACAACAUCAGCUUCACCUCGCUGCCCAUCCUCCUCUACAGCCUCAUGGAGCAGCACAUUAACUCAGACAUUCUGAGGAAGGACCCCUCUCUUUAUAAGGAUAUUGCCAAGAACUCUUUGCUGAGGUGGUCCAGCUUUAUUUACUGGACUGUCCUGGGCGUGUACGACGCCAUCGUCAUGUUCUUUGGUGCCUACUUCCUGUUUGACAACACGACUUUCACCAGCAAUGGACAGCUAAUGACAACCAACACACAGAUGAUGUUUGGAAACUGGACCUUUGGGACGUUGGUCUUCACCGUGCUCGUCUUCACUGUUACGUUUAAGUUGGCUCUAGAUACACAUUACUGGACGUGGAUCAACCAUUUUGUCAUCUGGGGGUCGCUGCUUUUCUUUGUGGUCUUCUCUCUGCUGUGGGGGGGGAUUAUCUGGCCUUUCCUGAACUACCAGAGGAUGUACUACGUGUUCAUGCAGAUGUUGUCCAGCGGUCCAGCCUGGCUCAGCAUCAUUCUUCUCAUAACAGCCUGUCUGCUGCCAGAUGUGGUGAAGAAGGUCAUCUGGAGGGCGCUGUGGCCCACCACGACUGAACGCAUCCAGACCAUACAAUAG